AUGCGUAUUCGUCUACAACCUCGCAGACGACCACAAGGUAAGCGACCCCAGGUAAGCUGAAUAUUGCCUUGUUGUCCUUGCCCGUUCACCAACUUCAUUUCAGCAAUGAGCUAACUCAACGGCUAGACAACCUCCCCAUUGCCGACGCCGCCGCUGCCGAGAACGCCUCCGUGGAGAAACACUGGUGUCAACUGCGAGACACGGUCCAGUCGACGGCGCUAGCCGUCCACGGUCGCGCUCCCCAUCAACACCAGGACUGGUUCGACGACAACGACGCCGCCAUCAGAUAUCUGCCUGCUGAGAAGAACCGCCUCCACAAAGCCUACGUAGAUCACCCCACUGUGGACAACAAAGCUGCCUUCUACCGCAGUCGCCGACAGCUUCAGCAACGACUGCGCGAGAUGCAGGACGCCUGGACUGCUCGCAAAGCUAAGGAGAUCCAAGGGUACGCGGACCACAACGAAUGGAAGAAAUUCUUCUCCGCGAUCAAAGCUGUCUACGGUCCGCCGACGAAGGGCACUGCCCCUCUCCUCAACACCGACGAAAGUACCCUCCUGACUGAGAAGACACAAAUCCUACAGCGAUGGGCCGAGCAUUUCCGAGGCGUACUCAACCGCCCUUCCGCCGCCGUCGACCGUCUGCCGCAAGUGGAGACCAACGUGGACCUCGACCUCCCGCCAUCUCUCCAGGAGACCAUCAGUGCCGUGCAGCAACUCUCCAGCGGGAAAGCACCCGGAUCGGACGCAAUUCCUGCUGAGGUCUACAAGCACGGAGGUCCCCUACUGAUGGAUCACCUGACUGCGCUCUUCCAGGAGAUGUGGCGUCAAGGUGAAGUCCCGCAAGAUUUCAAGGACGCAACUAUCGUGCACCUAUACAAGUGCAAAGGGAAUCGCCAAGUCUGCGACAACCACCGCGGCAUCUCCCUACUGAACAUCGCCGGGAAGAUCUUUGCUCGCAUCCUGCUCAACCGCCUCAACAACCAUCUGGAACAGGGCCUUCUGCCGGAAAGCCAAUGCGGCUUCCGUCGUCAUCGUGGGACCACGGAUAUAAUCAUCGCUGCCCGCCAACUUCAGGAGAAGUACCAGGAGAUGCGGACCCACCUGUACUCUACUUUCGUGGACCUGACGAAAGCCUUCGACACGGUGAAUCGUGAAGGACUGUGGAAGAUUAUGCAGAAAUUCGGCUGUCCGGAGCGAUUCACUCAGAUGGUGCGUCAACUGCACGACGGUAUGAUGGCACGAGUCACGGACAACGGAGCUAUCUCAGAGGCAUUCGCAGUGACCAACGGAGUGAAGCAGGGCUGUGUGCUGGCGCCUACCCUCUUUAGUCUCAUGUUCUCUGCCAUGCUGAUGGACGCCUACCGCGACGAACGCCCUGGAAUCCGCAUCGCCUACAGAACGGACGGUCAUCUCCUGAAUCACCGGCGCAUGAACUUCCAAUCGCGUGUAUCCACAGCCACCGUGCACGAACUCCUCUUCGCCGACGACUGCGCCCUGAACACCACCUCCGAAGCGGAGAUGCAACGGAGCAUGGACCUAUUCUCCGCCGCCUGCGAGAACUUUGGGCUGGUCAUUAACACGCAGAAGACGGUGGUGAUGCACCAACCGCCGCCCAACUCAGCCACAGCCCCCAACGCGCCGCCGCAAAUCAACGUGAACGGAAAUCAACUGCAAGUGGUGGAGAACUUCCCGUAUCUGGGCAGUACCCUCUCCCGCAACACCAAGAUUGAUGACGAAGUCGCCAACAGGAUCUCGAAAGCCAGUCAAGCAUUCGGACGCCUCCGAAGCACAGUUUGGAAUCGCCACGGUCUCCAACUGAGCACGAAGCUGAAGAUGUACAAGGCCGUCAUCCUGCCGACGUUACUGUACGGAGCAGAGACAUGGACGGUGUACACGAGACAGGCACGCCGACUGAACCACUUCCACCUCAGUUGUCUCCGUCGCAUCCUGAGGCUGAACUGGCAGGAUCGAAUCCCCGACACGGAAGUACUGGAACGAACGGGAAUCCCCAGCAUCUACGCCAUACUGAAACAAAUGCAGCUGCGCUGGAGCGGCCACCUGGUGCGCAUGGACGAAGAGCGACCACCCAAACGACUCUUCUACGAGACGUCGCGACGGGUUCUCGUCGUCAAGGAGGCCAAAUUCGCCGUUACAAGGGUACUCUGA